UUUAAAACGAUAUAAGAUUUACAAAACUAUUUUAUUAUUAAUGGACUUUUUUUUGUUAAUUUGUAUGACUAUUGGCGUUUUCGUAUUGAUUCCAGAUAAAGCAGAACAAUGUGCAUAUUAUCGUGAAGAUUAUAAAAAUUACGUCAAAUCAGUAUUUGGCUAUAUUUAUUCACAAAUUGAAUUGAAUCAAAUGCAAAAUCAAAAUCUACAUCAAGAUCCAAAUAAGUCCUUUAUUGUAUUAGAAGCUUUCCAACCAUAUGCUUACAUGAAUGAUUUCAGAGAAAACUAUUCUUAUACAAUAAAUUUACUCAAUUUCAAGUACACAGGAAUACUAAAAAAAUUCCUCAAUUACUUAGAUAUUAUUCUUCAACAAUGUAAGCAAUUUCGUGAUGAAAAUUUAUGGGAAAAUUUUAUUUGUUGUAUAACAUCACUUAUAGAAGAAUUGAAAAAUUCCAAGACUUUGUUUGAAAACCUCUAUAACGCUAUGAAGUUUAUAAGCUACAUAGAUGUAAGAUAUGUGUUUAAUGGAAACAAUGUACCAAAUGCUAUAGUUGAUGAAAUUGAUUUUUUUAAACAAUUUGUCUUACAAUAUACAUCAGAGACUGUAUCUUUUGAUCUCAAUAGCUUACCAAAUCUUAAAGAUUCUGAAACGAAAUUUAAGAAUUUAAAUGAAUUUUAUACAGAAGCAUCAGAAAUAGUAAACAAUAUGUUUCAAAAAAGUGUUAUCAUCGACACUUCCGUAAAUACUAAUUCGACAACAAAUCCAAUUAAUGAAUCCUCUAAUGAAAACGACUUAUACUUAGUUUAUUUAACAUGUAGUAAUCUUAAUGCGUUUUAUAACGAAACCAUAGAAAUUUGGUACAAAAACCUUGGCUUUGAAGAAUUUCUUAACCCCAAAAUACCUAAAUUUACACCUCCAAUACAUCGAAAAAUAAAUCAAAAUGAUGGAAUUAAAGCUCUCAAUAUUCUUCGGCAGGAAACUGGUUGGAAAAAAAUGAAUCACAUAAAUAUAAUUUAUAAUGAUAAACAAUUCAGCGUAGAUUGUAUAAUAAAAAACGAGAUUAAUUGCAUCGAUUUUCGAAUAAAAAAGGAGUAUGUAACACAGUUAUUAAGAUGUAGAUAUACAGAAAUAAUGAAAAACUACUGCGUUCUGUUAUCUACUAUACUGUUUAUAUGCAAUGCAGAUGAUAAUGACGAUUAUCACAAUUGUAUAAUUGAAUUAUUUAACUCAUUUAAUAAAUCUAUAUUAUUGCUUAAAGGAUUGUACACAGCAUUAAUUACUUUGAAUAAAUCAUCAAUAUGGAGUGUUAAUUACAACUCUAAUUCGAAUUUAAAGAAUAUAUUAAAAUGGGUUUCAGGUUUUCUCCGUUUGUUAAAAAACAAUGAGUUUUCUCUGGUAAAUAAUGCCGAUAAACCUGAUAUACAAAAAACGGAAUUUCAAAAACUGCUAACAUUAUUUUCAGGGUUUCGUACAAAAUUAUAUUAUGAGAUACAUGACGAUUUGAAAUACAUGUACACCCGUUGUAUAAUGAAGGCGCCGUUUUAUGAUAGGGCAAUAAUAAUAAAUGAUUUCAGGGAUUUAACAAUUAAAUAUAAUAAUACAUAUCCUUAACAUUCAGUUCGAACAUACCAUAUUGCGUGUAAUUAUUUUGACAAUUUUUGUAAAGAUACUUAUAAAGAUUGUUAUGAAGAUCUGGGUUUCAGUAAAGUUGACUGUCACAACAAUAGCUUAGACAAUAAACUUAAUCAAUUUAUUGUGGAUUAGAUAGAUUAAUUGUCUACUUAAUCAUUACUACAUAUAAAAGAUAUAGAUAACAACGAGUUGAAUGAUAAAAAUAGAUUUCUUAAAAUUAUCUCUCACAUUCACAAUAAAGAAUUUUACUAAAAAUUAUGCGAGUUUACAAUCUUACAGUACAUGUUAAAUAAAUUAUACAUCUAAAAAAGAGAAAAAAAAUUACUACAAAAUUUUUGAUUACAAACAGAUAUUUUUAUU